UUUCAGUUCAAUCAGUGAGACAUUCUGAGUCGAAGAGUCCAGUUGGUUUCAUAGGUCUGGGCAAUAUGGGUGGUCCCAUGGCAAAGAAUCUCAUCAAGAAUGGCUACAGUGUCACAGUGUUUGAUGUCUCAGAGCAGUCCAAGGAAGACCUAAGGAAGGCAGGGGCCAAUGUGGUCAGUUCACCAGCAGCUGUGGCCAGUGAAGUGGACACCAUAGUGACCAUGCUGCCUUCCAAUCCACAUGUGAUAGAGGUCUACACGGGGAAGUCAGGGAUACUGAGUACCGUGAAGCCAGGUUCGUUACUAAUAGACAGCAGUACCAUCGAUCCCAUGGUGUCCAUUGACAUGGCUGAGCAGUGCAGUAAAAAAAAUGCCACUUUCAUGGAUGCUCCUGUUUCAGGAGGUGUUCUGGCAGCCGCGUCUGGUGCCCUUACGUUCAUGGUGGGAGGACCAGCUAGUGAAUUCCCCGCCGCUAAGAUAAUACUGGAAAACAUGGGGAAGAAUGUGAUUCACUGUGGGGGAGUGGGCACCGGAGAGGCAGCCAAGGUGUGUAAUAAUAUGAUGCUGGCAAUAUCUAUGAUUGGGGCCUCAGAGACCAUGAAUAUGGGGAUCAAACUGGGUCUGGAACCCAAGGUGUUAAAGGAUGUGCUGUGUACCAGUUCUGCCCGCUGCUGGUCCCUGGACACCUAUAACCCCGUCCCCGGGGUGCUGGAGGGGGUCCCUUCCUCCAAGGACUAUCAGGGAGGGUUUGCCACUGAACUCAUGGUUAAGGACCUGGGUCUGGCCCAGAAUGUGGCCACCACCCUGAAGAGCCCCACCCCCCUGGGGUCCCUGGCCCACCAGAUCUACAGGGUGAUGUGUAACAAGGGGUACGCCAGGAAAGAUUUCUCCUCUGCAUACAUGUUCCUUCAGGAUGAGAAAGAGGAGAAGUAGACCAAGGGAAAUGUUGAAGUCUACGCUGAUUUUCUUGGAGGUGAUGAAAAACAUUGGUAGCCCUCUGUACAGUCCUUCUGAUGUCACUUGCUGGCUGGUCAGCAGUGUCCAUUGUAGUCCUUCUUGAGAUGCUUACGUUGAAGUCAGUUGUUUCCUAGAAAUGGUCAGUUAAUGACUCUAAUUUUCUAGAGGACAUGGAAGAUUUUGGUCAGGAUGUUUUCCUUAAUAAGCAGACAAUGCAGUUUAGACCUAUAUAAUGUUAUGAAAAAAAUCUUUAUCACUUAAACUGUGGAGAGAAUUAUGAUCCAAAUUUUGAGUUCUAUCUCAAAAACUAGAGGAUGUAAUUUUAAAACGAGGAUUUAUGGAUGGUAAUUCUUCAGUUUAGGGUAUUGUUUAUGUAUUUUUUUUCUCUAAUGCACAUUGUAUACCUUUCAUAUAUGUUUUCUCUGAGACUAACAAACUUGUUAAGAUUUGAGAUUAUUGACUGCUGCAGCAGGUGACAUCAUGGUGACUGCUUUUCACGAAAUGGGGUACCAGUGAUUUUAGUGAUAAAGGUUUAUGCAUACUUGUUUUUCCUUGGAAAUAAGAAAGAAAAGAAGAGAAAACACCACGCAGCUGCCAUUUAUGUAUUUAUACUUAGUAUAAUAAUAGUAUUAUGGAAGGGAAUUUGGUAACCUACCAGUUGUGGGAAACAUAGUCAUUAAAGUGUCUUUCACAAUCGAUCUCAUUUACACCAGACCAAAAGAGACAAUGGAGACCCUCGCUUUAAGUUGGAAUUCUUCACCCCAAGCUUACUUUGCAAGCUUCCAGUUAAUGUCAGUUGCAUCACUUCAAUUUACUUAGUAUUAUUAUUAUUGAACAAUAUUAUUAUUGCAGUUCUGUUUGACAUAAUUAAGCAGGCAAUAUAGUGGUAUAUAAUAUACCAUAUUUAUGCAAUGCUUUGCCAGUAACAUAUAUAUAUCUAUUAUCAAUACUUGGGCAUUGGAAUGGUUAUGCCUGUAGUGAGUGGAGAUGAUAGUUUUAAAUGCCAGCUUUGGUUGCAGAAUGUUCAGUAAACUUUAUGGUAUAUCUCUCAAGAUGCUCACAGCUGCUUAAACUGAAGGAUGAUAUGAGAAUUGUGAUCAUGACACGAAAUGUACAAUUGUUACUUUGUCAGAUAAUACUAAUAGGAAUCAUGGAGUAUGGCGAUUUCUAAAUUUGAGCAUAAUUAUUCACAUUUUUUAUGUUGAAAAAAAGGUUACAUGUGGAAUACUAGGCUGAAGUGAUACAAGAAAGCAUAUAUUUUUGUGUUUAUUGUUUUAAUGAUAAAAUUUAAAGUUUGCAAGGUGUUUGAAAAUUUUGAGUAAUUACCAUAUUGAUGUCCAUGCAGCAGCACAGUGUGUCCCAAAAAUGUUUCCACUCUUCAACUGCCCAAUAAUGUAUAUUUUGUAUAUUUUUUUUAGUACAAAGUUGUCUUUUAUGCCAUCAUGAUCAUGACAUUUUGUUAUAAUUAUUGUUUUAACUAGUAUCUAUGUUAGUAAACAUUUAAAAAUGUAAUGGGCAGUGAAAGAGUGAAUACACUUUUUGGAUACAGUAUUAUAUUAAUUUUGUAAUAACUACGAAGUUAUUUACUUUCAUGUAAGAACAUAGAUUUAUAUUUAGGUAAACUGUACAUGUGCUCAAGGGUAUAAUCAAGGCAGCUAUUACAUGACUGUUAAUUCAAAAUAAUGCACUUAAGUUUUCAAGAAUUUGGUUAUAAUAUAAAGAAAUUAUGAUAUUGUCAAGAUGGAGACACAAAUGUAAAGUGUAAAGGAUAAGUAUAUUGAUAUUAAACAGUCACAUUAUGCUAAAUAGUCAAACAAGGGAGAUUUUUCAUUUACUGUAAUAAUAUUAUGUUUAGUACCUGAAUUUUCUGACGUAUCCAUUUAAAAAUAAACUGUAGGGUGAAAAAAAAUGGGCAUAGGUUGAAAUUAUGUAACUCUGCCAAUCAUGAGAUUGAAAAAAAAAA